CAUGCUGAGGCGGAGACCGGAAGCCCCUUGUCGGUUCCGGGUUUUCUGGGCUACUACGAUGGCGAUGAGUUUCGAGUGGCCGUGGCAGUACCGCUUCCCGCCCUUCUUUACGUUACAGCCGAACGUGGACACCCGGCAGAAGCAGCUGGCCGCCUGGUGCUCUCUGGUUCUGUCCUUCUGCCGCCUGCACAAACAGUCCAGCAUGACGGUGAUGGAAGCCCAGGAGAGCCCGCUCUUCAACAACGUCAAGCUACAGCGGAAACUUCCUGUGGAGUCAAUUCAGAUUGUAUUAGAAGAGCUGAGAAAGAAAGGGAACCUCGAGUGGUUGGAUAAGAAUAAGUCUAGCUUCCUGAUCAUGUGGCGGAGGCCAGAAGAAUGGGGGAAACUCAUUUACCAAUGGGUUUCCAGGAGUGGCCAGAAUAACUCUGUGUUUACUCUGUAUGAACUGACGAGUGGGGAAGACACAGAGGAUGAAGAGUUCCAUGGGCUGGAUGAGGCGACCCUGCUGCGCGCUCUGCAGGCCCUACAGCAAGAGCACAAGGCUGAGAUUAUCACUGUCAGCGAUGGCCGAGGAGUCAAGUUCUUCUAGCAGAGACCUGGCUCCUUUACUUCUUACCUCCCACCUUUCCAGGGCUUUCAGAAGGAGACAGACAGACCUAGUGUCCCCACAGACUGGAUCUGUCACUCCUCCAGACUCAAAGGGCUCAAGUCCUGAAAGCUCAGACUUAGGGAUGUUUCCCACGUAACCCAUUAUUUCUGUCCCUGGGAUAGAGUAAGCCCACAGUGCCACGGAGAAAGGAUGCGUUUCUUGCCCUACCUCCUUUCCCAUCCUAUACUGUCCCUGAGCCAGGGUCUAUAAACCUGACACUUUACAUGUGUUCUCACACAUAAGUACACACCCACCCACAUGCGCCUGCACAGGCUUCUUUCUCCUCCCACUCCUUUAGCUGCUGUUGCCUCCCUUCUCAGGCUGGUGCUGGAUCCUCCCCAGGGAUGGGGGAAGCCCUGGCUGCAGGCAGCCGGCCAGGCAGUAUGAAGAUAGGAAGCCCCAGAAGGGGCCCGGUGGUGAGAGGCGGGCCCACUCUGAUUUAUGAUAUUAAAAUCUCUACUCCCAC